AUGAACAAACAGUUGGCAGUUGGGAUAAACUCGAUUUUGUUGAAUUAUAUAAUGAGGAUUCGGCUAUAAUAGUUAGUGAACCAAAAGUUGGCAAUUGGAAUAAACUUGAUUGUAAUAAAUUAUACCAACAGGAAUAUGAUGAUGAAACUACAAGUUCUAGUUUCAGUGACAAAGAAAACUUCAUCGUAGUUGAAAAUCUGAUAGUAUAUCCAAAGAAGGGUGGUCCAAGAAAAAAGCGGUUUAAAGUGUCUAAUGAAUUAGAAAAAAAGUAUGUAUCUGGUACUAAACAAUACUUGAAAAUACAAAAGAUCAGAAAACAAACACAAUGUUAA